AUGUUGGGGAAAUUUUCAAUUAAAGCGCUAGUGAGAUAUCAAAGUACUGCAAUCAAUGCCACCAAAUCGAGUGUCACGGGUCUUAAACCUCAAGAACUAGCACAAAACCCAAGCGCCAUGCCUGCCCCAAAUAGAAAGGAGACCUGGACCCCAAGUCAAGCGCCCAGAGCCGACGUUAUUUCCACACACCCACAUAGAUUCAUCCAGAGAAAUUUAGAUGAGCAGCCUCAGCCAUAUGCCGCUAUCGAUUUAAUUGCGAAGGAACCUAUCAGGUUCUUGCAUGAGGGUAAUAUCGCAGUUUGUGAUGGAAACAAAGGUAGCACUUUGCAAGGUCAUCCAAAAGUUUUCAUUAAUUUGGAUCAACCUAAAGCAUCUACUUGUGGAUAUUGUGGCUUGAGAUAUGCUAAAGAUGAAUACAGAGAUCUUAUAGAGAGCACAGAAGCUUAA